CUCGUUUCACACCACACCCAAACCAAACAUGGCGCCACACCACCCUGUCGACGAAUUAUCUCUCCCAUCCGUAUUUCAAUCAUCGUGGAAAUCAAACCCAGAUCCUACCGCACUGCCAUUUCUUCGAGAUAAUCCGCCUUUUGCACUUACUGUAAUCGAUUGGCAACAACUUAGUCUAAAAGAUGAUGAGUACACGCCGCACUCCUGGGAGGACCUGCGUCACCUGAUCUCGACGGGACAGCUGGAUGAGCUGAAGAGGUGGCCUAGUCAGUUGAAAGCGUAUCUUGCUUGGACUGCGCAUGUCAAAGCGGAGUAUAGGAGUGCGACUACGUAUCUGCUUACCCAACGAUUGUUUUGGGAGCCGAUUGAUGACGAGUCCGGUGCGAUGGCGUUCAACGUGAGGAACGUGGUGCCAUUUGCCGACCCUGAAGACUUCACCAUACUCAGGAACGAUUGGCCGUAUGGACACGAUGAAGGCAUACGGCAUAUCUGUGUGUGGCUGAAGCAGCGACUGCCAGUCGACAAGGAAGGUGCUUUAUCGCAAGAGGGAAGGAAAAUGGUGGAAAACUUUAUCAACAACGAGUUCAGAGUUAAGGCCGGCGAAGAAGAGAAAGACAGCAAGGUUCUCUGGUUCAAGAACACAACCAAUUUGCAGAGCGUUAGAAGUUUGGAACACCUGCACGUGCUGGUCAGAAACGUGGAUGAUGAGGUGUUGAAGCAGUGGCUGGUCUGAGCGAUCAAAGGUUACUGCAUUACAGCUUCUGCUGCUGAUAUGGAUAUAGAUAUAGACACUCAGAGAAAUCCGACGAC